AUGUCGUCGGGGUUUGUAUCCGCGGGCGUGGAGGGAGACGACUAUGAGGGCGGGAAACCUAGCGACGAGUGGAUGAGGGUCAAGCAGGAGCUCGAUGCCAGCCGCCAGAGAAAAGCUACGGAAGGGCAGCAGGAAGGUGGAAAGAGUCUCUACGAGGUCCUCCAGCAGAAUAAGGCUGCCAAACAAGAGGCGUUCGAGGAGUCCAUACGGCUAAAGAACCAGUUUCGAACUCUGGAUGAAGACGAGGUCGAGUUCCUCGAUUCGAUACUCGAGUCUACGCGAGCCAAGGAGGAGGCAUUGCAGAAGGAAACGAGCGAGAAACUGGAGCUGUUCCACCGCCAGCGCGAAGAGGCUGAGAAAGCUCUUUUGGAUGCGGAGGGCGGGAGUACGGCCGAGCUCGUCGGACCGGCCGACGAGGGAGAUAACUGGGCUAUCUCUGGAAGGAAACGGCGACGUGUGAAGGAGAAGGACGGAGGUCUGCUGGGGCUCAAGCGGCGCAAGUCAUCUACGGAUAAGGCCUUGGCCGAUAUAAAGGCGGAUGCAAAGGGCGAUGAGGAUGGUCAACCUCCGGCUGCAAAGGAGGCUCAGUCGAGCACACCCUCAGCCGCAACGGUGACGAAAGAGAUCAAGAAAGCACCUGCACUAAGCCUCGGGCUGGGUGUAUACAGCUCUGACGAAGACGACGACGAUUGA